UGACUAAAGAUAUUGCCCUAUAAUCUCGAUCUGCUUUCAUUUUAGGGGCUUGCGGUCGGCGUAAUAAUUGGCUUCCUGCGGCCUGACUUUCAUCCGACGUAGAAUAAUCCUACGGCCUAUGUGGUAUCCCAACCUUCCGGAAUUGUGUAAUACUCCGAGGAUAGCUGGACUGCGUCCAUAGCGGAGUUUUCAGCUGCAAAAGUACUAUGUUUGUCGGAAAUGUCCUUCGUGAUUGAAUUGCGACGUAGGUAUUGACCAUUCUCGAUGAAUUCUUCGCCGAGCAAUUUGUUGGCGAAUAACACCAACAUAGUAUGGCGGGCCCAGGACGAGUACCGCUGACGAUAUCCGAUCUGACUGAAGCUUCGGACUGGGACACGACACUGGUCAUAACUGAUGACUGGAUGAAGAAAAUCGUUCCGGAGAGGAGACACAGCGGAUGGGAGGCAGUGGAAAAACAAUGGAUCGGAAAUAAACAAUCGCAGCAAUCAAUAGAUCAAAAGCCGUCCAGAGAACUCACAAGGAAGGAGUAUGAAGCCAUGGAACGGUUUCCAUAUCCACAGAGGGCCCUUCCAGUCCCACAACUGGAAUUUGACUUCCGAAUGAAAGUUAUCUUGAGUUCCCAGUCUGCUUCAGUUGCCGUAAACGAUGGCUUUAAGAAGUGGUCAACAUUCUCCGACGGCAGCUGGUCGGGCCGUUUCGGAUAUGGUCUUGUUGUCAAUGGAGGGCAAGAGAGCCAAGACGUAGUCCAUGGAAAAACAGCGGCAACUUGGGUGGAAGGGAUGCAUCGGCUACAGACCGAGGACGAAGUGCCAGCAUACAUCGAAUGCAAAACGCGAGGGAAUAUGACCGGACCUCCCGAGCUAGUGAAGGCGCUUCAAGACCCAGGGGCAUCAGCAUCGGUUGACCCAAGAUCGUGUCUAUUCAGGGUGUUCGUCACCAUGAAGACUACGGAUGAGCGAUACGCAGAGAAACUAAACGCCGGGAUGUGGAUCGGAAGUUGCCUCUGGAAAGGCUUAGAAGUCAUAUAUGACGCAUACCGAGUGAGUUAGCGGAUACUCAUAUGUAAUAGGGUACCUAUGUAGGUUAGGUAGGUAAAUAAUCAUCACUGAGGAUGAAGAAAACAAGGUACCAAUAUAGUCAAUUUGACGGUGUAAAUUCUUGAGUUUGCCAAUAUUGGGUUGGAGCUGAAGUCUCAAACCGGCAGGGCUCAAUACCCGGAUUUCAGCUUAGAAUUGCAUUGAAUUUAGUCCAAGUUUCGGCAUUCCCC